GUAAAUAUCGUGAAAAGGUCAAAAAUUUACGAAAAAAAACGUAAAAAUCUAGGAAAAUAAUGAAAUCCUGAGAGAUUUUUGAUAAAAUUUAAAACAACGUCAAUGCCUAAAAAUCGCGCAACGUAAAAAUAAAUCACGGAAAAGAUGAAACGAGACUUGUUAAAUGAUAACAUUGUGAUCUCCUUCAUAUUGAUUGUGAUUUUGUUGUUUUUUACGAGUUUGUAUAUCAGCGUGUUAUUGGGUGUUGGAGUACUUCUCGCCUUCGCUACGGGAUGUUUUUUGACCAUCACUGUGCUCGAACAUAAGCCGCGAUUGCAUGAAAUUCUUGCCAGAGCUCGCGAACGUCUCGGCUUCAGUGAGGAAUGUUUCAAUGGGGCCUCGAGCGAACGCGAAUUGAGUGACGAAUGUGACAUUUGUGGCGUUACUUUUUGCCCGCGACAUCGUCUCACGACCGAUUUGAACAAGGAACCGUGGCGCUUGAUCGGAUUAGUGGACAAAAACUUGGACGCCGCCGUGGAAAGUUUUUAUUCGCAAAUCAUCAAAAGUUUCGUCAACUCUUGGUUCUCAACUUUGUCGAAUGACGAGGACUUUAUCUGCUAUUUGAAGCAAAAUUUGCGCGAAGCAACGUGUCAAAUGGUCGUUAAAGUGAAAAAAUUGAAUGUCGCGGUGCUCAUUACGGACAAAUUGCUUCCAUUGUUCUACGAUCAUUACGAAAUUCUGACAAAAAUGCUCGUGGUCGACAACAUUCCCAUCAACAAACUGGCAACGACAUUCGUGCAGAACGAAUAUUCCAUCCAUCCAGCGGUGUACAAUCGACAAACGGAGAUCAAUUAUCUGCGGGGCAUCGCUAAAUAUCUCAUACCAAAGCUUUUUUCCAAUGAAAAUUUCAAUUCCAACAUUUUUUUCAACUUGAUACAGGAACUUAUCGCUUGUUGGGUCCUGUUGCCGCUCAUGGAUGUCCUUUCGGAUCCGAAUUUGAUUAAUUUGCUCGUGAUUGUGGCAACGGAUCCGUCGAAAGAUCUCAAUGCGGAACGGAAGAGGAUGAAAAUUCCGCUUUACAAUGAACGAGUGACUUUUUUGGAGAAUUUCGCGAAACGAGGAUCCGACAAUUAUGAGUUCUCGUCGGCGAAUUCCAUGGAAAAUGACAUUUUGAAGGAUCAGACGAAGCUUUAUUCGUUCAUGCAGUUUUUGAAGAAGGAAGGAGCCGUGGAGAUGUUGAGAUUUUAUCUUGAUGUUGAUCACUUGAACAAAGAACUGCAAGAACCCGAUUUGGAGCCGCAAAAACUCUCACAACUCUAUCAACAAUCCGAAAAAUUACUCGAUUCAUACCAAAAAAUGACAGACAGCAAAACGAACAGCCUAACCGAAGCCUUCGAAGAUGCCCGAAAUCGUCUCCAAGGCAAAUGGCGCGCUGCAUUCUACAAAACUUCCAAUUAUUUCCAACUCGUGUACGGUUCGCGUGAGAUAAAAAAGAUCGUUGACAACUUCAACAUGGAAACGACGAAUCCGCAGCCGCUGCAAAAGCUCAGCACGAAGCUGAAGGGCGCCAUGAAGAUGUCCGCUGUCGACGGGGCGCCUUUGGAGGAAAUGCCCACUGUGUGGGACGCCUUAACGGACACGCAAACGGAUUCGCGGAACAUUUACAGCAGCGUCACAUCGAAAUUGCGGAAGGAAAAAGGUCAAAGUUUGGAUUCGUUCAUGACGACUUUCAUGCAUUCCAUUGAACAAACGCCGGAUGUUGGCGAAGAUGUGAUGUACAUGCAUGCGGAUGAUGCGGAAACGCAACGUCCUUCGCCGCCGGAUAAUAAUUGGGUGUUUGGAAAUUUGUUUGAGUUGAAGCGAACGUCGCAUCCGGGUGGCAUGCCAACACCCAAAAUUGUCGCGAGCAAUAACGUGAAGGGACCGUCGCAAUGCUUGAUUUAUUUUUUGGUGAAAAUUUUGAAUGCGCCGCUCGUUUUGGUGCGAUUCGUGAUGGCGUUGUGCAGUGUGUGCAAGAAGACAGUUGAUCUCAUUAUUUGUACUGUCUUGUUCAAGCUCAUCAAGUUCGGGUUGAAGGAACGGAGAUUGGCGUUUCUUAUUCGAUUGUUGGAAGAACACCUUUUCAUCGAUGACGAGCCAAAACCAACCAAGGAAGAGCUUGAACGUCGUCAACAAGAAGCCCGCAAUCGCUUGGAGAACUUACGCAAAGGUCUCGGUCACUUGUUCGACGUCUUUCAGUCGCCCGUUCUCAACAAGCAUCUUAUGUAUUGCCUUUUUGAUAUAAUUAUUGGAGAUUUAUAUCCCGACGCCGUGGAAUUUAAUUAAAAAAUUAUUUUAUUUUAUUUUAAAAAACAACAAAUUUAGUA